UGCACUGUUACAUAUAUCCGAUAACUCUCAGGCUACUUUAAUUCCGAAGACUUGCUGCAUCUGUUAGGUGUUAUAGCAAUAGAAGAGAUAGUCUCGCCAACGGGGAUAGAAAGACCCAAUUACAUCUCGUUUCAAAAUUAAACGAAUACAUACAAGACGUUUGAGACAUCUUAACUACCAUGGGAUUUGUACCAGCCUCCUCUAACUGUCGAGAUUGGUUUAAGCACUCUAAAUGAGUUGUACCAAUCAUUGGUCUUUUUGGUGUUGUACAUCUAUCGAUUAUGAAUUCAUCUUGUUGUGACACGUUAGAGGAAAAUCAUUGACGAAGAAAUGGAUUUUGAGAAAAUUCAAUGGUAUAGAAGAAUAAGAAAAGUUAAUCAAAUGUUCAAAAAUUGCACGAAGUAAUGAAACAUGAAGACAAGACAAGCAGAUUAAUAGGCGAUUAAUGCGCUCUAUGACGCCUGUUUAAUGGUCUAUGGUCGAAUCGUGUGAUACAUGCGAACGAAUGCACGAUUUCCCUCAGAGCUUGAAUUAAAUGGAUAGACAGGAAGAAUCCAUUUGUACGUCCGUUUGUAUCAAUUGCUUGUACCAACGUUCAAGCGACGGAAACAAAAGCUUCAAAAAAAAAAAUAUCGAGAACUGUUUGAUACUUAGUGACGUGUUUUCUUCUUUUUUCUUAAGUGUUUUCAUCAAUAUUUGAGAAUUUUAUAAAAUCGAUUGUCGAUUUUUCGUAUAUUUGAAACAAGUGAUCCGAUUUUUCAUAAUUCUCAGCUCGAGAAAAACAUAAGCCAGUCUUUUCAGAAGUUUUUUCGAGGCAGGAAAAGAAAACAACUGUAUCGAAUUACGAACAGGAAGAACUCUCAUCGAAGAAUAUAGUGAAAGCAUGUGGUUUUCGCGCACAAAAGUGUUUAAUCCUCAAGAGGCCAAUUUCCCGCGAUAUUAAAACACCAGGGGAUCGAAAUUACAGCCAGUGCUGGUAAAACCUUACAAAUGGAUUCGACGAAUCGAUAAUGCACGAUUGUAAAUCCUGGUUCGGAGCAAACCACGUGUCUGAUGAAUAAUACAAUUCCUUCAAUUGCAUUCAAUUCUCAUCUUUUUGGUCACCAAGGGAAAAGUACCGAAUAGAAUCGUAAAAUCCUUAUCGAUUGACACUAUUACGCAUUUUUGUGUCACGAUAUCGAAAUUGUGAAUCUUGAUAAUAAGGAAAUAGUGAUUGCGACGUUUUUGUUCAAUGCAAUAUAGUGUGAUCAUUAUUAAGUGAUUAAUAAAGUGAGCGAGAAGUUAUUGUGAUUAGUUAUGAUUUUAGGCAGUGAUUUAUAUAUGAAAAAAAAAAUAAGUUAAGAAAACAGCAUGAAAGUGAUGUGGGUGUAUUUAUAUUCUGAUUUCGUAUUUUAUCAUUUCUGUGAAUAACUAAUAAAAAGUGUGUUUACGACGUUCCAUCGAGACCCUUCUUUCUCAGAGAAAAAGGAUAAACGUAGAAAACGGAAGGAAAGAAAGUAACAGUAUGAAGAACCGUCGUGGAAGGUGGCUCUACGCUGUAUUCGCAUUGAUCACGUUCCUUCCUCAGCAAAUCGAAUGCACAGCGAAAAACGGAGGGUCGGUAGUAGAGCAUCAUCCGUCUUCUUAUUGGGAGCAACCCUUUAGUCAGCCUUAUUUCGACAAUACGACAAAAAGCGAAACCACGACGACCGUCGGCCAAACCGCUUUUCUUCAUUGCAGAGUGCGCAAUCUUGGUGAUCGUGCUGUUUCAUGGAUCAGGAAACGAGAUUUGCAUAUUCUUACUGUAGGAAUCUUAACGUAUACAAACGAUCAACGUUUUCAAUCAUUACACCGAGAUGGAUCUGAUGAAUGGACUUUAAGAAUUAGUUCACCACAGGUUCGAGAUAGCGGAACAUACGAAUGUCAAGUUUCAACUGAAUCCAAAAUCAGUCAGGCUUUUAACUUGAGUGUCGUAGUGUCAAAGGCGAAGAUCAAUGGUAACUCAGAACUAUACAUCAAGAGCGGAAGCGAUAUCAAUCUAACCUGUAUAGUAUUGCAGACUCCUGAACCACCGUCCUUCAUUUAUUGGUAUAAAGAUGAUCACGUGAUAAAUUACAGUCAAAGAGGAGGUAUCAAUGUAGUAACAGAAAAACAAACACGAACGUCGCGUCUCUUGAUAUCCAGAGCGUUACCUGCUGAUUCUGGAAAUUAUACAUGUGCUCCAUCUACGGCCGAGUCAGCCAGUGUUCUAGUCCACGUACUCAAUGGAGAACAUCCAGCAGCCAUGCAACACGGAAACUCGAGUAAUAGCGGUGCGGCAACGAGAACGCUCGCGUUGCUCCUGUUGCUCCUGCACGCCGGUUCAUUUGCGAGAAGGAAGAUCGGAAAUAAAUGAAUCAGCCAAAAUCUCGAGAAAAGGACUCAACAACAUGUAAAUGGGUGUUUAGUAUGAUACAAUUAGAUGCGAUCCACGGAAGCAUCAGCGAUAAUCAAGGAUUUGCGUGCUGCUCGUUAUAACGUAGUUAACGAGUACACCGAGUUUCUGCCAAGUUGGAUGACUGCCACGUUUCUUCAGUAACGUUCCUUGCUGUUCAUGUGUUGCAAAACGAAAUAAAACGCGUACUCUUCAAAUCGUUUUGCUUUCAAGAACUAUACACAUUUUAGUUUAAGAAAUGCGACAAGCAAAGUAGCAAUAUAAAGAGUUCUGUGUUCGAACGUAUCCAAAAAAAACACAAAGUUUUUUUAAAUCUCAUUUUUAUAUGAAGAGUUGAAAUCUAAUUAAAUUCAUGUAUGAAAAA